CCCAAACACGUGCGCGAUGAUGAAGUUCCGUUGCGCGGUCGACACCUGCCCACACAACCUCCAGUCAAAAAUGAUGGCUGGACUCGAGGCAGAGGUGGAUGAUCUGGAGGAGGAUGCGCCCCCUGCCCAAGAAGUAGAGGACGGUGAAGAGGAUGCCGAGGAGGACGUCGAGGAGGGGGCGGGUGCAGCAGCCGAUAAGGAAGGAGCUAGCAGCAGCAAGAAGAAGAAGAAGAAGAAGAAGAAGAAGAAGUCAGCUUCUGUAGCAGGCGAAGCACCUGCAGCAGCGGCGACAGGUGAAGCUAAAGGUGACGUCGAGGAAGUAGACGGCGAAGAGGGAGACCCCGACGCGGCUGCCGAUGCGGGGGAGACCGGUGCAGGAGCAGCAAAGAAGAGGAAGAAGAAAAAGAAGAAGAAAGGGAGCGCGGGAGUGCCGACUUGUCCGGGGGGCACCGGGAGCAAGGUCGCGCCCGCGAGGGGUGUGACUGGGUUCACGGACAGCUAUGUCAGGCACGGGCAGACGGAGCCACCGACCAUUCCUGUUGAAGAUCUUUUCGAGGAGGGAUCUUUCCCGGAAGGGGAGAUUUUGGAACAUCCCCGGGACUUCAACUCAUUCCGGAUAACGAGCGAGGAGAAGCGAGCCGAGGAGCGUCUCCAGUACGCGGGGCUGUAUGACAAGGCGCGCAAGGCGGCCGAGGUGCACAGGCAAGUCAGGCGCCACGCGCAGAGCUACAUCAAGCCGGGGAUCAAGCUCAUCGACAUGUGCACCAUGCUCGAGGAGAAGAACCGGGAGCUGGUCCGAGAGAACGGGCUCGAUGCGGGCAUCGCCUUCCCGACGGGCUGCUCGCUCAACCACGUCGCGGCGCACUACACCCCAAACAACGGCGACGAUACCGUACUCAAGCACGGGGACGUGAUGAAGGUGGACUUCGGCACGCAGGUAGAGGGCCGCAUCAUCGACUGUGCUUGGACUGUAAGCUUCGACCCCCAGUUCGACCCCCUCCUUGAGGCCGCCCGGGAAGCCACAAACACCGGCAUCAGGAACGCUGGCAUCGACGUGCCUCUCAACGAGGUCGGAGCGGCCAUCCAGGAAGUAAUGGAGAGCUACGAGGUAGAGAUCAACGGCACCACCUACCCGGUCAAGAGCGUGCGCAACCUCAACGGCCACAGCAUCGGUCCGUACGAGAUCCACGCCGGGAAGAAUGUUCCUAUCGUCAAGGGCGGCGACGCCACGCGCAUGGAGGAGGGGGAGUUCUUCGCCAUUGAGACUUUCGGGAGCACAGGGCGCGGUCACGUUGUGGAGGACCUGGAGUGCUCCCACUACAUGAAGGACUUCAACGCACCCCGGGUACCUCUGCGCCUGCCCAAGGCGAGGCAGCUCUUGUCGCACAUCAACAAGACCUUCGGCACGCUCGCCUUCUGCCGGCGCUGGCUGGAGAGGCCCGACGGAGGGUCGACGACGAUCAACGGCGUUUCUGGAAAGCAGGAAAAGUACGUGGGUGCGCUCAAGCAACUCUGUGACUCGGGGCUUGUGAACGCUUACCCGCCGUUGUGCGACGUUCGGGGCUCGUACGUCGCCCAGUAUGAACACACCAUCCUCAUGCGACCCACAUGCGUGGAGGUGUUGUCUCGCGGCGACGACUUCUAGCGUGGUUGCGUACUGGUGAAAAUGGCGUUGUCUUCAUCCAGACGACAUGGUGGGACGCCAUGUAGUCGACGGACGGCGAAGGAUGCUAGUGUCCCGAUGUAGUCCGAUUGUGCUGUUAUAUUUGUUUGAAAGACGUUUGAGUGUGCGCUUUAUCAGCUGCGCAACCCAGCGUUUGAGCUUCCAAGGAGCAUGGGCUCGAAGCAGAAGUUCAUUCGUCCUUUCCCUAAUUUCAUUUUCUGGUGAUGUCGGGCAGCAUACUCUUCAGGAUUUUGAUGGGGGAGUAUUCGUUGAGGACUGCUAAGCGCCACGACACCCGCCGCAUCCGUAUUGGUCAACUUGGGUCGUCAUAGAAUAAAAGUUGGACUGCCAUCGUUCGUCGUCAGGAUUGUCGCAGAAGCGAGCGCGUGAACAGCGUGUGGUGUUUCCCUGCGUCUUGCUGCCCCCACUUCAGCGGGUACGUCUCACGCUGGAGCGGUAGGUGUGUAGGUGGAUCGUGUGCGUUCCAAUCCUUGGACGCCAAACGAUUGGAAUGAAUAGACGGAACAUGGUUAAUAGAUGAUUUCCUGUGAAUCGUUCCUGUCCCCGACUGUAAACAGGUGUGUAUCCCCCGCAGUAUAUUUAAGCAGUGGUGCACAGGUUUUGACUGCGCUAAGGUUCUUAUUUUGUUUUCCGACGCGAUUGUGGGAUACGCAUGAGGCGUCCGGCAGGUGCAGAGGCCCCAAUAACACAGGAAACCCGGCAGU